CUUUAAGCUAUCAUGGAGCUUUGCAUGGUUCUGUCCCUUGCUGUAGUCCUACUUGGCUUUUUCUGGUGGAAGGUCUCUCGGCCAAAGGCAUUUCCUCCGGGUCCCCUUGCUCUUCCAUUGUUUGGGAACAUCCUGCAGGUUGACUUUUCUAAUCCACUCAAGGAUAUGACGGAGUUAUCUAAGGUGUAUGGCCCUGUAUACAGUAUAUACCUUGGUUCAACAUUGGCUGUCGUGGUUAGUGGAAUUAAAGCCAUCAAAGAAGUCCUGGUUGUGAAAGGUCAUGAGUAUGCAGAUAGACCUCAGAACAGGGUAAUACGGAUAGCCUCUGGUGAAAAAGGUUUGGUGGUUGCUCCUUAUGGCCGAGCAUGGAAGGAACACAGACGUUUCACUCUGUCCACACUGCGAGAUUUUGGACAGGGCAAAAGUUCUAUGGAUGACAGAGUUGCAGAGGAGAGUGUGUAUUUACUGCAGGAAUUCAAAAAGAACAAAGAUAUCCUGUAUGACCCACACAGUGUAGUUAACAAUGCAGUGUCUAACAUCAUUUGUACCAUUGUGUUCGGAAGACGUUAUGAAUAUAAUGACACCACCUUCUCAAAUAUUCUUCAACUGGUCCAUAAGCAUAUGAAGAGGACAACUGGUUUUUGGGCAAAUCUGUACAAUGUACUUGGGUUGAUCCAUUACUUACCUCUACCUCACCAAAAGCUGUUUGGAAAUAUGAAGCCUAUUUUUGCAUUUCUCGAAAAUGUCUUGGAGGAGCACAAAAGAACUAGAGUACUCGGAGAGCCAAGGGACUACAUAGACUGUUAUUUGGAAGAACUGGACAAGGAGCGAAAAGAAGGUAACAACAAACAGACCUUUGACUAUCAGAAUCUCUUUGCCUGUGUGGUGGAUCUGUUUGUGGCUGGGUCUGAGACAACGUCUGCCAGCCUGGAGUGGGCUCUGCUCUACAUGAUGGCAUUUCCAAAAAUACAAGAGAAAUGUCGAAUUGAAAUAGACACAAUUCGGAGAGACAGAGACUGGAUAGAUUAUGGGGACAGAGUAAAAAUGCCCUACACACAAGCUUUCUUACAAGAGGUACAGCGUUUUGCCAGUGUUUUGCCUUUAGGAUUAGCUCACUCAGUGCGAAACGAUGAACGACUAAAUGGUUUUUCCAUUCCAAAGGGAACAGUUAUUAUUACAGAUCUGUCUUCACUUCAUCAUGAUGAGACUUAUUGGAAAUAUCCACAUGAGUUCAAUCCAGAGAACUUCCUUAGUGAUGAUGGAGAGUUGCUGAAAACAGAAUCCUUCUUACCAUUCUCUGCAGGUCCAAGAAUUUGUCUUGGAGAAAAUCUUGCUCGCAUGGAAGUAUUCCUCUUUUUUACCACUCUCUUGACACAUUUUGAAUUCCACUGGCCGGACCCAUUGUCACCUCCUGAUCUCACACCGGUGUUUGGGGUUGCCCAUACUCCAAGGCGCUUUAAGAUACGCCUUGUUUCACGCAAAUAAAGCUAA